AUGCUGCCGCCAUCGCUGCUUGCCGCCUCCGAAGACCUCGUCCGCAUCCCUUACGGAGCGGGCAGCUCGUCGAGCGAGGUUGCGACUGUCGAUGACGUGAUUGCCGGCGCCGCGCUGCUGAGGCGGGAGGCGUGCGCUCGCGCGGCUGCGCUCCGGUCCGGCUCGGCUUCCGCCGACGAGUCUGAGCAGGAGGCUGAGGAGAGCGAGGAUGAGCAGCAGCAGUGGCUCUCGCUGCGCGUUCGACGCCCGGCGGCGGCGGAGGUGGCGGGUAGCAUUGGCGGGAAGCUGUGGGACGCCUCCCUUCUCAUGUCGGCGUGGCUGCUGGAGAACCCGAGCUUGCUGCAGCCGGCGGGCUGCCGCACCCCGCGGGUUCUCGAGAUCGGCGCCGGGCUCGGCCUGGUUGGGCUCGCAGUCGCGCGAGCACUGCCCGACGCCCGCAUCACAAUGUCCGACUACGACCCGGCUGUGCUGCGGAACCUGGGGGAGUCGAUACGGCUCAACUUUGCCGGCGCCGCGCCCGCCGCGCCCGCCGCCGCGCUGGUCGAUUUUCGCGACUUUUGCGAGGCGGACGUGGCCGCCUUGCCCCACCUCCCGCCCGCCAGCCCGCUCUGCCGCUACGAGGGCCUGCUCGGAAGCUUCGACGUCGUCAUCGGCUCCGACAUCGUCUACGACCACUCGCACGCGCGGAUCGCGGCGCUGCUGCGCGCCAUGCUCCGCCCCGCGGCGAACGGAUCCGCCGACUCCCACCCGUGCGCUCUCUUUGUCCUCCCGGACGGGCGGCCGCGGCAGGCCGACUUUGUCGCCAGCCUCGGCGCCGCCGGCCUCAGGUGCCGGAUCGAGCGAGUCGGGAGAGACUGUCUGAUGUGCCGCCGGAUUGCGCGCGAGCACGAGGGGUGGGGGGCGGACGCGUCGUUCUCCAUCUACAAGGUGCACCGCGCAGCUCAACAGUCCUAG